CUCGGGAGUAGGCGGUGCCAAUCCUCCCGCCCUGGUACCGCUAACCGCAGUCGCGGCGACGGGAUUCUGGAAAACUUUUCUGGAGUGCUGGAUUUUGAGAGCUGAAGCCGCGGGGUUUCGGACCAGCUAACUCCAUGAAGUCUCCAGGACGCAGCACGCGCACAGCCUCUGCCUCCUGGGCAGAUCGCACCCUAGGCCCCGGGCCCCUCCCGGAACCCAGGCCUCGGACCAGGGUCUUCAAGACCCUACUAGCCAUUCUGUCACUGGGUUUCUUUGUUCUAGGAACAGCUGAGCCAGUGCACGAUGGUCCAGCUCACCUACAGAGACUGGAGCAGAGCCCAUCAGGAGGACUAUGUCCAGCAGGCUACCACCUGUCAGAAGAAAACGGCUUGUGCAAACCUUGCAGUGAUGGUGUAGACUACACCAGGUCUCCCAACAGGUUGCCUUCGUGCAUCCCCUGCAGGGUCUGUAAGGAAGAUAAAGUCGUAAAAAGCCAAUGCACCUUAACCAGAAACACAGAGUGUCAAUGCAAACCAGGCACCUUUGAAGAUAAAGACUCCACCGAGAUCUGCCAGUCAUGCUCUAACUGCACUGAUGAGGAAGAUGAAGUGACACCCUGUACCCCAGAGACAAACCGGAGGUGUGUCUCCAAAAAUGCUUGGGCAUCUCAGCACAACCUAGGCCUCGUGAUAGGGCUUCCAGUCGCAUCGAUGAUCCUGCUGAUUGGAGCUCUGGCUGUCUGGAAGAUUAAUGCAUGGUGGCCAGGGUGCCUCUUGAUGAUAAGAAACUCAGGCUGUGAACGGGACCCUGAAAGUGCAAACACGCUCUUGGGCCCAAAGACAUCGAGCAAGACAAAUGACUCUCACCACAACACGGAACCUCAGAAAACUCAGAGUUUGCCAACAGGAAGGAAGCCGCUGGUUCCGGCAAACGGAACUGACCCCACUGCCGCCCUGAAGUAUAUCUUUGAGUAUUGUCCGAAGGUAGUGCCCUUCAACUCCUGGGACGCUCUCAUGCGGCAGAUGGGCCUCACAGACAAUGAAAUUCAUGUGGUCAGGGCUGAAACACCAGGCUCACAUGAUGUCUUGUACCAAAUGCUGCAAAAGUGGCACGACAAAACUGGGCGAAGCGCCUCCAUCAACCAUCUGCUGGAUGCCUUGGAAGUCAUCGGGGAGAGAUGUGCCCUGGAGAAAAUUGAAGACUAUGCAGUGGAAUCCGGGAAGUUCAUUUAUCAGAACACUACAGCACAUGUGGGAACUCCGGAGUCAGAGCCAGGAGGAUCUCUAUGAAUUUGAAGCCAGCCUGGUCUACAUAGUGAACUGAGGAUAGCCAAGGCUAUGUAGAGAGACCCUGUCUUAAAAGUGAAAGCGGAGGAGGAGGAAGAGAAGCUGCUGCAGGCUCUUCAGUAUUAUUAGAAUGUAUUUUAUUUUUCCUUGCUAUAUUUAUUGUAGCCUAUUCUUGUAUUAUUAUUCACAGAGCCUCUGUGAACGUAGAUCCUAGGCAAGUGUUCUAACACACCUCUAGCAUCCUGGUUUACCUUUGUUCCUGGACAAGGCACAGUUGGUAGGGUAUGAAUGAUAGAACUUGCUAACCUUCUAACACUCAGGAGGUAGAGCCAAAAAGAUCGAGAGUUCGGGGCCAGUUGGUUUACAUAAACUCCUGUAUAAUGUGCAUGCUGUCUAAAUUUGAGAGCUGGGGACAAAGAAGGUGUUCCUGUCCCAGAUUCUAGCAAUAUUCAUUUCAUGGGUCUACUAAGACCCUUGUCCAGAGACAAAAUACCCCUAUGUAACAGAGGGAAGAAUAAAACAGCCCAAGGGUGGAAACCCGUGUCCAUGAGAGCAGAAAGAAGGUCACUGGCCACCAAGCAUGGCCACUUAGACUACUGCUCGGCACAGCUGCGCAGGCGCUCCCUUGCUCCAGGUGCUAGUGGGCACCCUACUGAGGGUGUGCCCAUCUUGACUCUAAUCCCCAAGUGUCCGCUUUUCAUACUUGCAGUGAUUUUACUGGUUUGGACACAGAAGGAGCAUUAAAAGUGCUACCUGGGGUAACCCUUGAGGACCAUGCCCCCUGUAAGCAUUUGACCGUUGUGAGAAUAAACACUUCUAGAGCUGGGAUCACAGGUGUGCCCCACCAGAUCCAGAUCUAGAAAUAACUUCUGUUAGAUACUGUGAUAGGGAUUUCUGGAAGGCUGGCACAUACAGAUUUUUGUCCUGUGUGGAUUCCCUAUUGUUUUUGUUUGUUUGUUUUUUAAACUAGCAUGCUGGAGAGGUAGUUCAGCAGUUAAGAGCAGUGGCUGCUCUUCCAGAGGUUCAAUUCCCAGCAGCCACAUGGUGACUCGUAACCUUCUCUGAUGCAAUCCAAUGCCCUUUUUUGGUGUCUAAAGGCACAUAUUUAACGAUAUGGCAGCGUUCCUGGCUGCCAUCUAUUUUAUUUAUAUUUUUUGCUGUGUAUGAAUGUUUUGCCUGCAUAUAUAUGUGUGACAUGCAUGCCUGGUGCCUUUGGAGGUCAGACAGAGGCAUCUGAUCCCCUUGAACUGGACUCAGAUGGUUGUGAUCUGGCACGUGGGUACUUGAAGCUGAACCCAGGUGCUCUAAACCUCUGAGCAAUCGUAAGGCCUCCUUAUUUCAUCUCUCCUUCUAGCAGAGCCUUCUCCAGUAGAUUCUUGGUACACAUGGCUGGUCCCACGCAUUCUUGUUGCUGUGGCUUCAGGAGGGAGACCCCACUUCUGAGUAUUAUCCUCGCCAUUGUUAGUUAUGGUAUCUUGAGUGUAAGCAUCGUGCCUCCAUGCAGGGUUGCACAUCAGGGUUUGCUGGGCUCUGCCCAGCCCCCAGAGCAGGUGUUUCACCCUUGCACUUGAUGCCCUUUCUUACCCCUCUUAGAAGUGUGUUGGUAACAUAAAACAGUACAAGGCUUGUCAUUAGAUACAAAAUACUC